CUGCGGUGCCGUUGGCUUCUGAACUGACCUAUAUGGCAUAAACACAGAGAGGCUAUGAAAUACAUGUUCUUUAUUGCAUUCGGUGUUCUUCGCACGUUCCAGUGUGAAAGUUGGAUCAUCGGCGCUCGUGCGUUCAAAUUAAUAUCCAAAUUGCGAGCUUCUAGACUUGGCCUGUGGGAGGAGCUAACAUGAGUCACGAGUCACUGGAGUCUGAUGAGGACUCGAGUCAGCACGUGUCUGACUUUAACUGGGAUGAAUAUCUGGAGGAAAACGGGACCUUGUCUGUGCCCCACCAUGCCUUCAAACACGUGGACCAGGGCUUGCAGACAGGGCUGACUCCAGGUAUGAAGCUGGAGGUGUGUGUGCGUUCAGAGCCUGACCAACCCUACUGGGUGGCCACCAUCAUCACCACCUGUGGCCAGCUGCUCCUCCUGCGCUACGAGGGUUACCACGAUGACCGCCGCGCUGACUUCUGGUGUGACAUCAUGACGGCGGACCUCCACCCCCUGGGCUGGAGCCGGCAGCAGGGCAAGCCCAUGAGACCCUCCGAGGGUGUGAGAGAGAAGCAGCCAGACUGGGAGGGGAUCCUGGAGAAAGCCCUGGCUGAGAAGUGCAGUGCACCUGCCAACCUGCUGGAAGGGCGUCGUAAGGACCCAGUGGACCUGAUGUCUCCAGGCUGCAGUGUGGAGCUGCAGGACAGUUUUGACCCUGGGGUGGCGUGGGGCGCUGAGGUGGAGGAGAAUGUGGGUGGCAGGCUGAGACUACGCCUAGCAGGCACAGAGGGGCUCCCUGAAACACACUCCACCCUCUGGCUCUACUACCUGCACCCCCGCCUCCACCCACCUGGCUGGGCCAAGGAGCAUGGCUGCACCCUCAGGCCCCCUUUAGCCCUGGUCGCCCUGCACACAGAAGAGAAGUGGGAGGAGGUCAGACAGAGGAUGAUUGAUCAGCCUCAUGAUGAAGCCCUCUCUGAGGAGUUCUAUAAGGACCGGCCUGUCAUCGCUGCCCACUGCUUCACUGAGGGGAUGAAACUGGAGGCCGUUGAUCCUGCAUCCCCAUUCUGCAUCAGUCCUGCCACCGUUACCAAGGUGUUCAGUGACCAGUACUUCCUGGUAAAGAUGGACAAUCUCUGUGGUGAUGAUUUGGUGUCAGAAGGCAGUGGGAAGUCCUUCCUGUGUCACAGGGACAGUCCUGGGAUCUUUCCCGCCCAGUGGAGCCUGAAGAACGGUCUCCCGCUCAGCCCCCCUCCAGGGUACCAGGGGCAGGACUUUGACUGGGCAGACUACCUGAAACAGAGUGAGGCCGAGGCAGCACCACAACACUGUUUCCCCACAUCUCUCUGUCUGUCUCAGGAACAGUCUGAUCACAGCUUUAAAGAGGCCAUGAAACUGGAAGCGGUCAACCCACUCUCACCUGAGCACAUUCAUGUGGCAUCAGUAAUCAAGGUUAAAGGGCAACAUGUCUGGCUUGGCCUGGAAGGGCUGAAACAGGCUAUGCCAGAGCUUAUAGCUCAUGUGGACUCGUUGGACAUCUUUCCUGUCAGCUGGUGUGAGACCAACGGUUACCCUUUGUUGUACCCCAUCAAGCCCGAAGUUGAGAAGCAGAGGAGGAUUGCUGUGGUGCAGCCUGAGAAACACCGAGCUCCACCCAAAUCCACAACACCUGAUGCACUCAAGCAGCAGAUGACCAGCCAAUCAGAGACUGGACAGGGGAACGGGAAGUACUGCUGUCCUAAGAUCUACUUCAACCACCGCUGCUUUUCUGGCCCCUACCUGAACAAGGGCCGCAUCGCUGAGCUGCCCCAGUGUGUCGGCCCUGGCAACUGUGUCCUGGUGCUCAAAGAGGUGUUGACUCUGCUGAUCAACUCUGCCUAUAAGCCCAGCCGGGUGCUCAGGGAGCUGCAGCUGGACCAGGAGAACCGCUGGCAUGGACAUGGAGAGACGCUCAAAGCCAAGUACAAGGGAAAGAGUUACCGGGCUACGGUGGAGAUAGUGCGUACAACAGACUGCGUGGCUGAGUUUUGUAGAAAGACCUGCAUGAAGCUGGAGUGUUGCCCAAACCUGUUUGGACCUCGCAUGGUUCUGGAGCGCUGCUCAGAGAACUGUUCUGUGCUCACCAAGACCAAAUACACUUAUUACUAUGGUAAGAAGAAGAGUAGGCGAGUGGGCCGCCCACCAGGGGGGCACUCUAACCUGGAAGGGGGGGUGAAGAGGAGAGGUAGGAGGAGGAAGAGGAGGAAGCAACUCUUCGUCCAUAAGAAGAGACGCUCCUCAGCCUCACUGGACAACACACCUGCCGGUUCACCACAGGGGAGUGGAGAGGAGGAGGAUCUGGAUGAUGAGGACUCUCUGAGUGACGAUACUGGCUCUGAACUCCAGGAUGAUCAGGACGAUUCAGAAUAUUCCAUUGGGAAGUCACAGCCACCCACCCCGUCCCCUUCUCCUCCUGCAACGCCCCGGCCAACCCGAAAGCGCAGGAAACCUCACUCCCCAUCCUACUCUGAUGAUGAGAACCACCCACCUUCACCAAAGCGCUCAAGAAGUGAGGCUCCCCAGAAGCUGUGUUUGGACACCAGUCCCCUAGAGUGGAGUGUGACUGAUGUGGUGCGUUUCAUCAGGACCACCGACUGUGCUCCCCUGGCUCGCAUUUUCCUGGAUCAGGAGAUUGAUGGACAGGCUCUGCUCCUUCUCAACCUGCCCACGGUGCAGGAGUGUAUGGACCUGAAACUGGGACCAGCCAUAAAGCUGUGUCACCAUAUCGAAAGGGUCAAACUGGCAUUCUACCAGCAAUUUGCUACGUAGCUGAGGGUUCUAAAAUAAGAGAAACUUUACAUAGUCAGUAACCUGAAAUGAUUCCAUAACUCAUCUACCACUGGACAUCCUUUGGACUCUGCACCCAGGCCCAGCACAACAGCAGCAGCAGUCAGGCAUGGAUAUCAGAUGAUUCAAGACUUGCAUUGUUUCUUUGCAAUUUCUACUGUAUGGUCAGAGAGGGGUUUACCCCGCUUUAUUCUAGGCAAAGACAUCUCACAUGGAUAUUCAUAUUCAGGUUUGUCACCCACAAUCUCAAAAUGACUCCUGGUUUCAUUUGAUCAACAUUCAAGCAUGGACAAUGCAAGGUUCUAAGCACAAAAGACAAAUAAACCACUUGUACUAUAUUGUGGUAUGCAAAGUGUAUCUAACAGGGUGUAUUUGUGUAUAGUGUACAUAUUUAAAAGCUAUUCUAGUACAACAGGGUGAUUAAUGGUUAUAGCUUGAUUUUCUACAAAACAUAUUUGCUUUGAAAGUAUUUGUGAAGGCCUUCAUUCAAAACAGCCUUUUUGUUUUCUCUGAAAAAGAUUUGAACUUAUAAUCAUAUUGAAGACAUUAGGGCCUGUGGUAAAAGCAUUUAGGAUUGAGGUGUUUUUGGAGCAGAAAUCAGAUACAUUUGAUAGUUUUACCUUUUUCCUACAACCCUCGGUAGAUUACUGGGUAUUGUGUGGUAUUUUAUUUUCGUUAGCCAACUAACUCUUUGCUGUGUUUUUAGUUUCUCUCGUUUACCCGGCUCUGCCACUGAGAUCAAAUAUAUUUUACAGGAGAUACAAUUGAUUAAUUUGACUGUAUAUGUUUGUGGAAUAUGAUAUUUAAGAGAAUAUGGAAUAAAAGCCUGAAUCUCUUCCCCAUGAGAUUCACGAUCUUUCCUACA